UGCAUUUGCUUUUGGCCCCAAAACGAUGAACUUCUAACAGGUCCCACGUGGAGUAGGAACCCCGCCGAUUGGAUCAGAUAGUUGGAAUUGGGCGGCCAGUUGGGUCCGUUCUGGUAGUGAAGCUGCACACGUUAACGCCUCGUUUGCCCAUAUGACGCGUUGUGCGUAAUGAGGAAAUGAAUCAUCCUUCUCCGUCCGAUCCGAACGAUAGUGAAGCGAUCAUUCGCCAUUCACCUGCCGCUGGAGAACCUUACGCUACGGGGACAAACCUUCAAGCAGUGCACUCGGCACUGCACCCAGAAAUUCAUAAGCAACAACCACAGCAACCAACUUUCGCCGCCUACGUAGACGCAUUUUAUCGUACAGCGCUUGUGCAUUUUGACGAAACACUGGAUCACAUCGCAUGGGUUCUGCUUGCCUACAGCGUACUAUGCAUCGUCCUGUACCGAUUGCUUUUCUACGGUCAAACAGGCCGGACCCGAGGGUGGCUUCGAAAAAGCCAGCUGCCGCCGUGCCGGCGGGCCCUGCUCGUAACUGCGCAUCCCGAUGACGAAGUGAUGUUCUUCGGACCAACCAUCCUCGAACUGCGGCGGCGGCAGUGUCGCGUGUUUGUCCUCUGUCUCUCGGAGGGCAACCACGAGCGGAAAGGGGAUGUGCGUCGCCAGGAGCUGUGGAAUGCGUGCGAAAGUUUAGGUGUGCAACCGGAAGACAUCACGCUGGUGAACGCUACUCACCUGCAGGAUGAUCCGAUGGCCGAAUGGAAAACGGUCACGAUCGCCACCCAGGUGCUCCGACAGAUCGAGUCACUCGAUGUGGAGGUGCUGGUCACGUUCGACAAGGACGGCGUUAGUGGCCACCCGAACCACUGCGCGAUUUACUACGCGACCGCAUCGCUCUGUCUCUCCGGAAUGAUACCGAGCAGUUGUAAAGUGUUGACUUUAGAGACGGUUCACGUUUUCCGAAAGUACAUCUCGAUAUUCGAUCUCCCGGUGACGUUACUUCUGUCGACAAAUUGGGUAAUCCUCAACUGGAGAGGUCGCCGCGCGGUGCAGAAUGCGAUGCGGUUACACGGCUCGCAGAUGGUUUGGUUCCGCAAGCUGUACAUAGUGUUCUCCCGGUACAUGGUGGUCAACUCGUUGCGCGAGAUCACCAAGUCGGACGUUGAAUUCGAGAUAUUGGACACUUAAAGGCGGUACGCAUCCGACGGCGCACCGUUCGCGUGGGACCAGAUUGAAAUGCGUGCGGACGUAUGAGAAAGAACGAACAAACGAUGACAAACCCAUAGAAAUGCUGCUCUUAGUAGCCUUUUUCUAUCCCGUCGGUAGAUAAAAAAGCAGCACAUUGAAAUGUUAUGUAACAGACAGCUUGGCGGACACAAAGACUGUGACACUAUUAACGGAAUAUUAGUUGAAUUAUCCCCUGUAUUGCGCCAAACGGAUGCCAGCUAGUGCGAGCAUUGCUCGGCCUCUCGCAUCGCAGCAAAGAGAAUAGCGAUAAAUAGGAAAGCAAAAUUGUAAAUAGAAUUAUAAGACCGCUACGUAUGCUACGCA